AUGGAUCGUGCCGUAGGUUCUAUUGCACAUCCCCCAUACUUCGAUGGCCACAACUAUGGUUCUUGGAAGGCUAAGAUGAAGUCGUUUCUUUGGUCCUUAGAUGAAUGUGUAUGGAAUACAGUGGUUCAUGGAUUUCCUAAACCCACAAAGAAGAUCAGAAAAGGAGAUGAAGCAACCACAGUUGUCAAAACCAGAGAGGAAUGGACCACUGAAGAAGUCGCACAUAGCACUAAUAAUCAAAAUGGGUUAAAUGCUUUAUUUACUGCUGUUUCUUCUGAUCAAUUUGAAUAUAUAUCUAGUUGUGAUACUUAUAAGGAAGCUUGGGAUAUUUUGCAGGUGAAAAAAAUUCCAGAAGAUAGGGUUGUGAAAAAGAUUUUGAGAUCCUUGUCUCAACGGUUUCAACCAAAGAUCACGGCUAUUGAAGAGUUUCGUGACUUGAACACCUUGAAAGUUCAAGAUCUCAUAGGGUCCAUACAAACCUAUGAGAUGAAACAUCUAGCUCCUAAAAAGAGCAAAAGUGUUGCUUUCAAGGUUGUGAAUGAAGAAGAUGAUGGGCAUUCAGAUGAAGAUUGCAGUGAUGAGGAAUUAACGGUUCUCACAAGACGAUUCAUGAACUUUCUCAAGAAUCAGGAUUCAAGGAGUCGAGAUUCAAAAGGUAUAAAUUCUAAAAAUAGAUUUGUUAACUAUACUGAUGGUGGGUCUAAAUUUCGCAGGUCAAAUGAACGAAAGAAUCCAAGAGAAAAGGUCAAAUGUUUUGAAUGUGAAGGCUAUGGACACAUAUCUUCGAAAUGUGCUAACACCUUAAAGAAACAAAAGGAUGGCAAGAAUAAGGCAAUGCAUACUACUUGGAGUGACAGUGAUUAUGACUCUGAAAAUAAUGAGAAGUCCAUUGCUCUUAUCACGACUGUAAGCUUGGAUGAACCAAUGAAGAAGGAUGAUGAUUGUGAAGAUAUGGAUGUUAAGUUUAUCAUGAACAAAUAUGAUGAUUUUUUGGCUGCGUCUCAGAAACUUAGCAAACAAAAUGAAGAGCUCGUAAAAUCCAUGGCUGUGCUGAAACUGGAAAAUUGCAGGAUUGCAAACGAGUUUCAAUCCCCUGACACGGAUUCCAAAAAGGUAAGUGCAGGUAUGAAUGAAAAAUUGAUGUUUUUGCAGAAAAAAUUGACUGAUCAGAAUAAAUUAAUUGCAUCUCUAACUUCUGACAACAAAGCCCUUGAACUUGAACUUAAAAAUUUAAAGGAAAGGAUUGUUUCUUUAACCAUUGGUGCAGAAAAAUUUAAUAGGAUAAUUAGCAUGGGAAGAAGAGAUGGUGACAAACGAGGCUUGGGAUUUGAACGAAGUAAUAAGUCUUCCGCUGUGUCUAAAACAAAGUUUGUCAAAUCCUCUUCAAUUAUUGAACCUUCUGCAACUCAUGAAGUCAAGAAAUUCAUUCCAAUUUGUCACUUUUGUGGAACUCGUGGGCAUAUAAGACCAAGAUGCAAUAAGCUUCGAAAGGAAUUUGUUAGUUCAAAUUCUCAUGUCAUGGGUGGAAAAGGAUUGAUAAGCGAUAUCAAUCCCACUGAUGUCUGGAAGUUUUUGCUGAUCUUAGAUUGGUUUUUUGGCGUUGGAUCACCUUUUGGACAUAUUAAUAUUGGGUUUAUGUGA